AUGAACGCUAAGCGCCAGAAAACUAAACACGAUGAUGAUUCGGACAACAAAACAAGUCAGGAGCCAGAAUUGCUCCAGCCUAGCCCUCUCAUACCACAGGUGUCGACCACAGCGCUGGAAAACUCCAGCCAUGCACCCCCAUACACUGCAAUCAACUCUGAGCAAGAGCUUUCAAUCCAAAACGCCAUACUUGACGGCCAACCGGUGUCUAUCACAGAGAAUCUCGACUGCGCGCUCCGCCAUCUCCGCUACAAGGUGAUGCCUCGCACUCUCUGGGUCGACGCACUUUCCAUGGACCAGAGUAAUAUCCAAGAGCGAAACCAUCAAGUCCAGAUGAUGGGCAAGAUAUACUCAACCGCGAAGAUAGUAAUAGUCUGGCUAGGCCCGGUGGACAACAGUGAUCUCCACCUGAGAACAGUCCUCGCUGCAAUGCAACUGCAGUUCUCGAACCCGACCCCUUCUAUAGCCACUCUAUUCGACUACCUAAGCGACAUCAUAGCCAUACUCAACGAACAAGCUGAUUGCGCUCAAGACUCUAAGGAGUGCGCUCUGAAUGCUAUAUCCCGCAUCAUCGACCGUUCCUGGUUUCAGAGAGUAUGGGUCGUGCAAGAGCUUGCUUUGUCACGAGCUGCAUCGGUACGAAUAGGUGCCUACACCUUUCAUUGGGAACCUUUCCAGCAAUUCAUAAACUGGCUACCGCACCACAGGGUUAAGCCUGACAUACACAGCAAAUUUUGCGAGAUGGCCUCCCGAGUUCGCAGAGCAUCCACUAAAAGCUCGUUUUCUUCUCAACUAUGUCGAACCCUGCAUCUAUCAGCAACGGAUCCCCGCGACAAGAUCUUCAGCCUGUUGGGGAUCUCUAGAACAGUUGAUAUGAGAAUUACAACGGGCAUGUUAUUGCGGCAGAACGAUCUGCUCAUCUAUCAAUACGCACCCUUGCAUGCUCUCAGAGAAGAUCCUCAUUCGAAAUCUUUGGGGACUCUACCUUCCUGGGUGCCAGACCUGCGCAUCACCGGUGCAGCUUUUGCAGAUUCUAUUUUCGAGAUAGUCACACGUCCAAAAGCCGUGGACACUUACCAUCGUCCACUCACUAUGAUCACUGGAUUUAAUACUGACCCGAUUACCGUUCAAAUGUGGUCCAUGAGUUAUUGGUGCUCUAUUUCGAUGACGGUUAUAUCAUGGAGUCCAACGAACGCUGAUACGAUGACAACAUCAGGCCUGUACAUUGGCACCAUCGCUAAAACAUCUGGCCUUCUGUUAGACUCUCUCGAAGAUGUGGAUCCGUACUCGGGAUUGUUCAAGAACCUGUAUAAGAUAUACAAAGAUAUAGUCGCACCUUAUGGUGGCAGAUUGAUGGAUCUGGUCAGGGCCUUAGGGGGCACGUCAUUGGAACGAAGUCAAACAGAUGUCUUUCGCAACGCAAGGUUCAUCUGUUGGCUCGUGGAAGAACUUGAAGCAGAUACAGUAAGCCCUACAUCAAUGCCCAACCCGUUCCAAAAGGAAGUGGAUCAGUUUAACGCGAGCAUGGCGGCAACUGCCAAAAAUCGCGUCAUCUUCGUCACGACUGGUGGCACUGUUGGCCUCUCAUACCACCCUGAUCCAAAUGGCAUACGGCCUGGCGAUGAGCUUGUCGGUCUGUUCGGUGUCAACUUCCCGUUCGUACUGCGUCGGAACACUGACGGAGUGACGUGGCAGAUGAUCAACGUGGCAGGCUUUCGGGGGCAUGAAUGGGGCCAUAACUUCCUGGACGGUACAGAAGAAAUCACUCCAGCGAUCCUUCAAAAGCAUGGGAUGAAGCGGUACACUAUUACGUGA